AUGAGCGAAAAUAAACUGAAUCUUCAAUACAAUUUUUGUAAAGAUGUUGUCACUAUCGAUAUACAUAGACAUACAAGUAGGAAGUUAACAACUGUCAAUAGCUUGUUUAAUGAAGCUGAAAGGAAAUCUUUAAAAUUUCAUACAACGACCUAUCCAAAAAAAAUACUCUUAUACACUCAGAACUUAAUUGUCAGUCAUUUCAUGCAUGCUUAUGAUGAAAUGGAAUAA